AUGGACCCUCUCUCGAUAUCUGUGAGCGUGCUCGCCGUCAUGUGCGCAGCUGGGUUUGUUGUGAAGACUGUGAGAGCCAUCGAUCACGCGCCACAGGAGCUCAUCGAUAUUGCCGACGCAGCGAAAGCACUGGAGACGACUCUCGAGGACGUCAACCGCUGGCAGUCGUCGGGUCACCAUCUGAACCAAGGCCUCGUAUUCCACAUCCGGCGUAGCGAGCAGAAGCUGCUGGAACUGGCUCGUUACCUCAAAGACCACGGCCUAACGAGCCCGAGCAAGCUGCGGUCCCCGAUAUACUGUGUUCGGUAUCAGGAACAGCUCAGGGACUAUAAGCUGCAGCUUUCCGAUGUUCGAAAUGAUCUCGGCUUGGCCUUAUCUGCCGUGGUGUAUGGCCAGACGGGACGCAUCGAGAUGGACCUUCAGCAGCUUGUGAUCUCGGGACAAGUCACAAAAGAGACCUUGACUGAGCAGGCGGCACAUUUAGGAUAUCUCGCUCAGAAGACAGAUGAAAUGGGACUUGCACAAACUCAGAUGGUACAACUGCUGGAGUCAAUCAAGGACCAAUGCAGCAAUGACCAGCCUAAACUCAGAGAGCAAGACUCUGAGUCUGUUGUUCGUCUUCGCCACAGCAUACAGAUAGAGAAUUUAGUCGAAGAACCCGGAAAAGAGGAACCGACAGGACCUAUGAUUGCUCCCCAGAAGGAACAGAAUCAGUUAUGUACGCCGCACUCCACACGAGACUGGCUCGGUGCCCUCUCCGUGACCUUCUCAGAGAUACGGCCCCUGAGCUCCGGCUGCACUGUUCCCAGCUGCGCACGCAACCUAAGCCCCUCGGACUCCGUCGACGUCACACUGCCCAGCUGGCUGGCGUCAAAUAUGAUCUCGAUCUGGCUCAAGUCCGCGCCAGUACAAGGCCCGGAGCUCCUCCUGCGGUCGAGGAGGAUCAUCGAGACGCCGGCGUACUACACAGCCGAGCAGGGGAACCUCACGUCGCUCAGGCAGCUCACGUUAUUCGAUGGGGUUUUCCGGGGCCACCUGGACGUCGUGCGCUUCCUGCUCGACGGUGGCGCCGACAUGGAGGCGGCCGACUUCUGCGGCUUUACGCCUCGCGACCUCGCCUUCCAGCGCGUGAACACGGCCUGCCCUCCUGAAUUAGCAGCGCAGCUCCGCACACUCUUCAAGCUGGACGAUGUGCCGGAUGAUCUGGAACUCACCACGGCCCACCGAAUAGUCCUGCGCAUGUCAAAGCUUGACCUGGGAGAGUUCCUAUCCGAGCAUCCACAGGACGUGAACAAACCAGACCUUCUAGGCCGGACCCCACUCUGGUGGGCCGUAAGGAGAGACGACGUGCCCGGCUCGCAGGCUUUCCUCUCCCAUGGCGCCGACCCCAACAUCGCCAACGCCGCCGGCCGCUCCGCGCUACACAACGCCGCGGCGCAAGGAAGCCCAGAGCUGGUGUGGCCAUUGCUAGAGCACGGUGCGGACGUGCACCAGCGGUCCUCCGAGGGCAAGACGCCGCUGCAGGUGGUGGGCGUGUACGGGGUGCGGAAAGAAGACGUGCUCAUGGUCAUGCACGAGCUACUUGAUGCAGGCUCGGGCAUCGACGAGCGGGACUCCUAUGGCCGCACACCCAUCUCGCUCUGCUGUUUCGAUAGCCACGUCGACAUCGCGCGGCUUCUCCUAGGGAGAGGGGCUGAUGUCUCGAUCCCGGAUGUCCAGGGCUGGCUGCCGCUGCACUGGGCCAUCUACGAUGGUGCUGCGCGGAUCGUGGAGCUGUACAUGGCGCAUGGGGACUGUGACAUGAACUUCGUCGCUGAAGAAGGAAUGAAUGUUCUGCAUUUUAUGACAGAGCGGUGCACGGUCGAGCAGGUCGUCGACGCUAUGCUCGUGACGGCGGAUUUGUCGAAAGUCGACCCAGACGCUGAGGACAGUCGAGGCAGGACCGCGGCUGAGAUUCUGGAGGAGCGCGGGUCUUUGGAUGUGCCCAUGUUCCCACUUGGUGAAGAGACAGGUCUUGAGCUGGAGCAGUUGAUUGAGAAAGCUGGGAAGCCCUCAGGUGUACCCGGCUCACCACCGUGGUCGGCUGCUAGCACCGCGGACUCGUGGCACACAGCAAGGUCGCCCCUUCACUUGGGACCAUUUGGAGAGUAG